AUGAGCUCAACCAACGACGACGUCGGGCUGUCACGCAAAGUUACCGCCGUAGGUACGCUAGGCGAAGUUGGAGCUGCUUACGCCGUGUACGAGAAAAACUGGAUAUGUCCCGACUGCAGUCAUGAAAAUUAUGCGCGGUCCAAGCGCUGCUUUCGCUGCCGCGCACCCAAAGUGGAGCGUUUUGAUGCUUUGGUGGUGCACAGUCAAGCUGACGCGCAUAGUUGGCGAGAGGCGCUAGAUCCGGUGUCGAAUAAAAUAUACUACUACAACACCGAAACAAAAGCGACACAAUGGGAGCGACCAGUUGAAAUGGGUGCAGCGCCACAUGGCACAGGCUGGUUUGGCCGAGGCAAGGCCGGCGCAUCCGAGAACGACCGGUACGAGAACCUAAAUGCAAAGUUUUUGGCGCGACCGGCCCGCAAGCAAUUAGACGCGAUGCCUACUGCCAACUCGCAGCUCGAAGGAGCUUAUGAGUACAAUAUUUGGUAUGACAAGUACAUAGGAGAUCAUUGGGAUGACGCACGCGGCAAGGAACCGGCCACCACGCGCUGCGUCCUUGAGCGUGAUGCUGGAAAAACUAAAGCAGACGUCGUGAGCAAGGCAAACAGGUAUUUCUGCGUGCACUUUGCGCGUGGCAUGUGUGCCAGAGGUGCGGAGUGCAGUUACUACCAUCGUUUACCAUCUGUGGCGGACGAGACUCGCCUUGGCAUGAUGCACGACUGUUUUGGCCGAGAACGUCAUGCUACGGAUCGAGAUGAUAUGGCAGGUGUCGGUAACUUUACAAGGAAUUCGCGGACCCUUUAUGUGGGAGGGUUGAAAAGUACGAAUGGACACGAAGCUUUAAAGUUACAGGAAGACGCGCUUUGGAAACAAUUUGGAGAAUGGGGUGAGGUAGAAAACAUAAAUGUAAUCACUCGUAAAUCGAUUUGCUUUGUUAGGUAUCGGCAUCGUACCUCCGCCGAAUUCGCAAAGGAAGCUAUGGCCAACCAAACGUUGCAAAGUGACGAGGUGCUGAAUGUUCGCUGGGCAUUUGAUGAUCCAAACCCUGUUGCAAAACAGGCGGGAGAACGCUCGGACCGAGAUGCUAUUGUCGCCAUGGUACAGGCAAAAGGUGCAGACACGACAGAAGACGCAGCUUUUGAUUACCCCGAGCAUUACCAGAUGCCAGCAACAAAGCGACAACGAAUUAAAGGUGAUACGAUGGCGUCUUAUCCGGACACGAACACGCAAUUUAAUAGUACUGAGAAGUCAGCUGAGGUGACUGAAGAAGAGUUAAUGGCCCAAUUAAGCUAUGCUGAUCCUAGCAGCGAAGUUUUAACGGAGGAACUGGACAAAUAA